AUGGGUAGCCAACAAGCGGCGGUUUCGUUCCUUUCCAAUUUGGCUAAGGCAGCUUUCGGUCUUGGUACGGCGGCGACGGUGCUGAACACUUCGCUUUUCACCGUUGACGGCGGAGAAAGAGCGGUUCUGUUCGAUCGAUUCAGAGGAGUUAUGGAUAAGACUGUUGGUGAAGGGACUCAUUUCUUGAUCCCUUGGCUCCAGAGGCCUUACAUCUUCGAUAUCCGCACAAAGCCUCACACUUUCUCUUCAAUUUCCGGUACGAAAGAUCUCCAGAUGGUUAAUCUCACCCUUCGUGUUCUCUCUCGCCCUGAGGUGACGCGUCUCCCAACGAUUUUCCAAACCUUGGGUCUAGAGUAUGACGAGAAGGUUCUUCCUUCGAUUGGAAAUGAGGUUUUGAAAGCCGUGGUUGCACAGUUCAACGCUGACCAGCUCCUCACUGAGCGUCCUCACGUCUCAGCACUUGUUCGUGAUUCACUGGUCAAACGUGCCAAAGAUUUCAACAUUGUGCUUGACGAUGUGGCCAUCACGCACUUGUCGUAUGGUGUUGAGUUCUCAAGGGCGGUUGAGCAGAAACAAGUGGCUCAACAAGAGGCAGAGAGGUCUAAGUUUGUGGUGAUGAAGGCUGAUCAAGAGAGGAGAGCUGCGGUUAUAAGAGCUGAGGGUGAGAGUGAAGCUGCUCAGUUGAUCUCUGAUGCUACGGCUAAAGCAGGUAUGGGACUUAUCGAGCUUAGGAGGAUUGAAGCUUCAAGGGAGAUUGCAGCUACACUUGCUCGGUCUCCUAAUGUGGCUUACUUGCCCGGUGGACAGAACAUGCUCCUUGCUCUGAACCGUUGA